AUGCGCAAUGGAAGACGAGUAUAUAUACGCUCGAGGAUCAUAGCUGGCUUGAAAAAGCUGGUCCUUAUGAUUCCACGCAGAAACCGAAAACGCGGAAGGGACAGCGUCUCGACCGCGGCCUCGACCACCCCCCCGAGAGAGAAUGACAUAGAAACCAAACAAAUAGGACGAGAAGACUCGCCGCCAACGGCACCAUCCUCCUACACAAAUACAAUCUCCCAGGAUUUCAACCACAUCUUGACCCAAACCCCUCAGCGUUUCGAGCCGACCAUACUGGCACGCAGAAACCGAAAACACGGAAGGGACAGCGUCUCGACCGCGGCCUCAACCACCGCCCCGAGAGAGAAUAAUAUGGAAGCCAAACAAAUAGGACGAAAAGACUCGCCGCCAACGGCACCAUCCUCCUACACAAAUACAAUCUCCCAGGAUUUCAACCACAAUUUAACCCAAACCCCUCAGCGUUUCGAGCCGACCAUACUAGAGCACCCGACAAACUCCUACUCUGACUCCGACAAUACAGACGACCUUUUCUUUGAAAGCAAAUUGUGGGAUCGGCCAGAUAUGUGCAAAUUGGAAGAUCUUGAUCACGGCGAGUUGGUAGUGGACGAAGAUGAAUUCCAUUCUAUCUCAUAUACUACCGCCAGGCAUCCAGGACUCGAUGUCUUGCGACUGACUGAGCGACUAGCUGGUGGUGGUUCUCGUGACCCUAGCAUGCCUUUCGUGCAGGUGAGGUCAUGGCGAGACAGCCUACCUCCUGAGAUGCGUCUACCCAUUGCGCAACGCAAAGCAGCGUCGCACACCGCAGAUUCUGAACCGGUACUGCGUUAUCCACAACCACCAACAGUGUCAUCGAAGACACCGACUGCUCCGCCCAUACUUGAAUUUGACUAA